AUGGAGGCCAGGAGCGCUCCCAUCCUGUGUCGUGGCCGCCUCAUGAUUCCAACCCUCAUGAACCUCUCGGAGGAUGAGAUUGUGAGAAUUUGGAAUGGCGUAUCCCAGUACAUCCUCCGGCAGCUUGCGCUGAACAAGGGCGUCACAAUACCUGGACUGGGCACCUUCUGCCUUAUUAAACACUAUUUGUCCACGGGGGCCUCUGAUCUCCUCCACACGCUGAAGCCCAUCUUCCAGCUGUCGGAGAACUUUGCAUGGGUUCACGGGCUCCAAUACGAGAAAGAAACUCUUCCUGGUGCUCUUUCCAUUGUUCUGUUGAAUUACACCUCGGUAUCCUUGGACACCCGCAUUCCUCGGGACACGGUGCAGCGCUGCGUUGAAGAGACCCUGCUUUUUCUGUCUUACACCCUGGCAAAGAAGCAGGAUGUGGACUUCAUCUUCAAGGACAUGGGCUGCCUGCGCUUCCGGAAGAACAAAGUCAAAAUGCAAUUUUCGGCAGACUUUGUUUGCAGCCUGGAGAGCACCGGCCGCCUGCUGAAAUCUCUCCUCGGCAGCUCAAGCAUGACGGGUUCGGCCGUAUCGGGCAGAAAGGACGCCCUUUCCCAGACGGCUUCUGGCCAUGUCGUCGUGUUUCCCAAGAUCGGGCUCUAUGUAGCACCUGGAAGAGCUGCUGGGGAAGGGGCUCUUCAGACUCCCAAGGGGCAGGCAGAGAAGAAGAAGAAGAAGGGAGAAGCGAGGAGGGAGGAAGAGGCUAAGCGAACAGGGCCUUUCACCGAGAAGCGCCAGCUGCUCUCGCGCGAACGUCUCUCUCCGGCCAGACUGCCUCGGGUGACGGUCGAAGGAGACCUGGGCGAGGCUGCCGGGGCAAAAGAGCCUUCCCUCCGACUGCCGGCAGUGCGCGAGGAGAGCUCUUCAAGGAAGGGAGACGGGAAGAGCAAGCGGUCUGCUACGGCCCGGCCCCAAAGUCGACCCCCCGUCUGUGAGGGUCACCGGAGAGCAGGACAGGAAGUCUGCUACCUGUGUAUGCAGCGGGAUGAAAGGAAUCUGCGGGCAUCGCUGGCUGAGGAGCGGCUCCAGAGAGAAAGGGAGGAGGAGCGCAAGUGGGCAGAGUACCAGGCUCGCAGGGAGAGGAAUGAGGCAGAGAGGGCCCGGGGAGCCGAGCGCGAGGUGCAGGGGCCACGGGGGGAGCGGGCCGGGCCCUGGCCCCGCUCUGAGGUGGCAGCGACGGCUGUGCUGAGCACACGGCUGCGCUCAGGACCUGCAGCCACACCAGCGGCGUCCCUGACUGGGGACGGUGCUCUAGCCUGGCUUCAGAACGGCCGGUGGGUGGCCAGGGGGCUGGAUGACGGGCGAGGUCUUUGCCUCGCCGCCUCCCGCGGUGCUGCGGGUUGGAGUGGGCUCGGGCCGGGGUCCCAUCUUCGUCUCAUGCCAAUGCAGGUGCCGCUGACGCCCAGAGGACGGCUCUCCGUAGGGGGUGGCGGGCCGGGCGCUCAGGUGGCACCGGUGGAGUGGAAGCAGCAGCAGCUUCUCAUCCCUCACCCCCCGGAGAAGGCGGCAGAGGCAGCUGCUCCGGACGAGUCACUGAGCAGCUGCCGUCCCGUGCGGGGCAUCCGGGUGCGGAGGCUGCUGGAGAAGAGAAGGGAGGCCCCGUAG